GCUGUCCAUCUCCCCCUCCUCAUCGUUCUUCGUUACUCUCCCUCUACGUGUCCAACAGCAGGCCAGCACUCCUCCUUUGCUCAGUAUGUCUAACCCUACCAAAACAGAGAAUGUGUCCACCUUGGAGACUGCCAUGCAGCUGAUGAUCCAGACCUUCCAUAAGUAUUCUGGAGACGAGGGCGACAAAUACACCCUGAGCAGAGCAGAGCUCAAAGUGAUGCUCUCUGCAGAGCUGGGCAACUACCUGGGGAAUGCCCAGGACAAGGAAGCAGUGGACAAGGUGAUGGGGGACCUGGAUGCCAACAAUGAUGGAGAGGUGGACUUCACUGAGUUUGUUAUCCUGGUGGGGGCGCUCACCGUCGCCUGCAAUGACUUCUUCCUGGAGUACAACGACAAGGGGGAGAAGAAGUGAACACAACACACACACGUACACUCACACAUGUCUAUGCUCUCUCUCUCUCUCUCACACUCACUCACUCACUCACUCACUCACUGAGGAGAGGAGGACGAUUAUUAUGAGACAUCUCCACUCAAAUCCUGGCUAGGCUUAAUGUCUACUGUUUAAUAACAGAGACCUACACACACCAUACAUACCACACACAUGCACACACACACUCUGAGAUGUUCAUAGAUGCAUCGUGGCACACUGGGCAGUGUGUUUUUGUGUUUAGUGUGUGUGCCAUCUCGAUCCAAACCAAACCCAACACACAGAAGUUUAUUCCAGAGUAAAAAUGUGGAGUUUAAAUCAUCAUUAAUAACGGUCAUUGUUGAAUAUGUGAAUAUAAUUUCUGUCUUUUCAUUCCUUUUGUAAACCCCCUGUUCAUUUUUCGUUCAUUGUUAAACUGUUCCUCCUCGAUAGAAUAAACUUGACAUUUAACCAAA